AACCGUUUCCGGGUCGCCGGUCGCCAUGUUUGAAACGGCUAAGCUUUAUUGUGCACGUCACCGGAUUGUUCAGCAGAGAAGUUUAAAUAAAGAGCUGCAGCUUUGAAUGAAAGAGCCGCCAUCAGGAUGAUGGAGCUCCCGGACUUCAGCAGGCAGCUGAUGCAGCAGCUGUGGACCCUGAGGAAGGAGGGUCUGUUCUGUGACUGCACCAUCCGGGUGGGAGACAGUCCCUACCCGGCUCACAAAGUCAUACUGGCCGCCUCCAGCAUGCUCUUCAGGUCGCUGCUGAUCGGCUCUGACACCAUCUCCAUCGACACCGACGUGGUUUCCUCCCAGGAGUUUGGCUCGCUCUUAGAGAUGCUCUAUACCGGCAAGUUACCUCUUGGGAAACACAACGCCAGCCGCAUCGUCGCCGCCGCCGACAGCCUGCAAAUGUUAGAUGUAGCCGUGGGCUUUAAAAAGGUCGUCAGCGCACUGGUGGGUCAGAAAGCUCCUCAGCUGGAGCAAUCCAUGCAGACGAGCAGCCAGCAGAGCCCUGCAGGGUCGGCCUCCCCAACGAAGGAGGACUCGGCUUCGGAGCAGAUGGAGACGACGGCUGAGCUGGAGGAGAAACGUUACCAUGACUACAAACAGGAGGCAGAGGAGCCAAGUGAGGAUCUCUCUGACACCUCGGGACUGGAAAAGGCAGGAAGUCCAGGGAGAGCAGUAGAAGACGGCAGCACCUCUGCCUCAGAGGAGUCCGGGGGAGCCGCCGCUCAGCUGCUGCAGUCGUCCUCUCAACUGGUGGAGCUCCUCAGCAGCACUCCCUCCGUCCUGGAGCUGCUGAGGCAGGCGGCACAGAGCGGUCUGGAUGAACGGGACAGACAGGUAGCACAGGCUGUAAGCGAGUGCUAUGAGGACGUGGAACCAGGCGCUGCGUUGGAGAAGCUGAUGGGCAAACUGAGUACCGGAAGGAUCAGUGAGGAGUCGCUCCUUCGGCUGCUCCAGAACAUCCAGAGGAAAGCUCUGUUGACCUUCCCUCCCCCGCUGGCCUCCCUGCUGGAAGAUCUGGACGGUCAAACGCUGCAAGGCGAAGCCGUCAGUGAACAGCCAGACGACUCCAUGAGGGAAAUAAAGUCAGAGGGAGCGGAGGCCAAUGAGGAAGAGGAGGCAGCUAAUGCUGAAGCAGACCUCUCCGCCUCCAAGCGCUUCCCCUGCCGAUGGUGCAAGAAGGCGUUCAACUUUAAAUGCCGGAUGCUAGCCCACGUCAAGCGCUGCUCCAUGUCCCAGGAGUGCGAGGUCCAGUGUCCUCAGUGCGCCAAGAAGCUGCCCAGUCAGCGAGCUCUGCAGCGACACCGCGCCGAGGUCCACCGCAGCACGCCGCGCGUCAAGAAGAGGGUGGCGUGUGACAUCUGUGGGCGCAGCUUCGCCCACCCAUCAGGUCUGGUUUACCACAAACAAGCGGAGCAUCUAGAGGUGAAACCGUUCUCCUGCGAGGAAUGCGGCGCCACGUUCGGAGCCAAUUCCUCCCUGAAGAACCACAUGCGGCUGCACACUGGAGAGAAACCCUACCACUGUCAGCACUGUGACAUGAGCUUCAGCGUGGCAGCCGGACUGGCUUACCACACCAAGAGGAAACAUUCUGAGGGAAAGAUGUAUGUGUGUCAAUACUGUAAGGCUGUCUUCGCCCAGUCCAUUGAGCUAACGCGCCAUGUUCGGACACACACCGGCGACCGGCCUUAUGUGUGUCGGGAAUGUGGGAAGGGCUACAGCCAGGCCAGCGGACUGACGGUGCAUCUGCAGACGUCCCACAAACAGCAGCUGUCUGGGCUGUGGUACCACAACAGAACCAACCAUCCGGAUGUGUUUGCCAGCCAAACCCGGCAGCUCAAGACCCUGGUCCAGUGUGAGCUCUGCUUCAAGUUCUUUCCUGAUGCAGCCAGUCUGUCCACACACCAGGCUGCGGAGCACCCAGCCUCAGAGGCGCCGGCCGUCUGCGCUCCGGACAGCAGGGCCGAGCUGGGCGGCGGAGAUGAAGCCGGGAAGCACGUCUGCAGCCAGCCAAUCAGCUGCUCCCUCUGCUCUCUGGUCUGCGCCUCCCAGCGGGAGCUAAAGGAACAUCUGCUGUCCAGCCAUGUGGAGCAGGAGGCGCAGGGACAAACCUUCACCACCUACACGCAGGUGAUUUCAGCAGGAGACAAAGAGGAUGGAGGAGCGGCUGAGGAGCAGAGCCCCCUGGUGGCCGGACAGCAUGUGCUUGUAGCUCUCAGCGGAGGAGAGGGCAGCUCAUCGGGGGAGGUGGUGGAGGUGAACAUCGACAAGCUGCUCGGUAACUCGGUCACCUUCAUAUGCAGCGAUAAAGAGCCGCUUCUGAAAACCUAACGAAAGGAUUCGCUUCAUGACGCCGACUGUCAAUCAAUCCUGGCGGCUCAUUGGUCGGCUACUGACCAAUCAGGGAACACUGUCAGCGGCAAAUAAACAUUUCGUUACAGUGUGGAAAAAAACAAAACUGGAGAGAAAAUGGUAACUAUGGAAACGAUCUGAUGAGCGGUGAGACCGACCACCUGUGGGUCGCUGCCCCUAAAUGUCCCGUUCUUUCUGAUAACUGCAUGUUUUUUUUUUUUUCUUGCCUCAACGCGCAGCAUCUGGAGCCAGACGCUCGUCUGCAGCAGCCUUCUGCACAAAAACAGGUUUUAACCUCAACGAGGACGGAAACUCUGACUUCUUCUAGCCCAGGGGUCGGCAACCUGCAGCGCUUUAGCCUCCCCUUGUGGCUCCCUGGAGCUUUUUCAAAAAUUUUAUGAAAAUCGAUUUUUUUUUUUUUGUUUUAAUAUGGUGUGCAGGUUGCAAACAAAAAUUAAUGAAU